GUCGUCGGAGACCAAACAAACACUCCAUACUCGGUCGUCUUGCCAGGGAAGGCGAACAAAGGCCCACGUCGAGGAGGCGACCGGAAGACAGAGGUUUCCCGGUAAUGUGUGACAGCAGGCGACAGGCGGGCAAAGGAGAGAGAACAAGCGGAUGGGGGAGGAAGAGUGUAUGUGUCAGGAGACCGACUAGUCUGACCGGGGCGGUAAUUCCUACCUCCUGGCAAUAAUUACGGAGACCGGGCACCGAGGCGGGCGGCAGGGCCCCCGGAGGGGCUGAUACCUUAACUUAUUAUUUUGCACCCUCGGGUUAGCUAUCCCGCUUUUCUUUUUUUCCCCUAGGGUCUACUCUCUCCUCUUGCUCUGCUGCUGCUGCUCUCUCCCUCCCUCUCCCCAUCCCUUCCUUCUCUCGCUCGUGCGAAUAGGCAAAGUGGAAGAAGAACGGCGCCCCCGCCGACCAACUGAGUGAGUGAGCGAGAGAGGAGGGGAGAGUGUAGAUUGCUGUGUGGGUGUGAGGAGUGUGUGUUUUUCCGAAGAAAAAGAGCGAGAGAGCGAGAUUCAGUGCUGUUGGUUUUCGGAGAGAGAGGGAGGGAGAUUUUGAGUCCUGAUUGUUUCGCUUUCACUUUCGCUUUUUUUCGUGAACUUCUGAUACUACUACAAUCCACAUUUCAUCCUCUACCUUCUCCCUCAGAGGUGAGUGAGCCAAGCCUAUUCUUGCCUUUUUGUCUCUCCUGUUACCAAGCAAAGCGGAGGCUUGUGUGGAGUGGUGGGCUGUGGUGUCUGUUCUGAACUGGUCCGUCCGGCCUUGUAGUAGUGUGUCCCUCCUUCUUCCUUCUUCUUCUUCAAGGCUAGGCAGCUCCCAAGCUUCCUCCUUCACUUCUCUUUUCACUACUUACAAACUCCACCCCAUCUGAGCAAGCCCCGAGCCCCCCGGGGCCGGGCAUCAUCUCUCUUCUUCUUCUUACUUUUCCUACCGAGCUGCCGGUGCUCGAGCAAUCGAGAUCUCGAAAGGAACCCAGGUCCUCGACUCCAAGUCGUCGUUCCCUGACUCUUAGAAUCCGAGUCCUGCUGCUGCUGCUGCUGUUGCUUGCUGCUUCAUCUUGUCAAGCCAGCGGCAGGCUUGGGUUUGGUUUGUUCGGUUCAGACGAGUAUUCACCCAUCUAAUCCUCUCAAGCGGAUUUCAAGUUUGUCUUUUGGCAGCUUGUUCAGUUCCUUUCACUGUCAGCAGAAGAUAGUCAAGUCGGUCGAGGAGCGAGAGAGCUUAGCACCUGCGAGUUGCGUUGCUCACUUGCCCUUCGUCCUUUGCAGACCCUUCGUUAGUUUGUGUUUGCAAGUCGCCUUAUCUCAUUGUGUGCGCUUGAUAUCUUAAGGAGAUACAAAUCCUGACCGUCGAAAUUUGCCUCUCGCAAUCGUCGCGUGGGCACCCCGCCGGCCUGGUACUUUCAGCGAUACCAUUUCGCUCCUCCGGAGCUUUCCGUGUCGGCCCAAAGGAGAGUGAGAGUGUUGUGUGCCGGACACCCAGGGGUCACAAGUAACCCUCCUAUUCAUCUUCUAUUCUCUCGCUCCAUUAGACAAAGUUGGACAGCGUUCCCCUCGGCAUCUGAAGAAAGCCUUGUCUCCUGGCUCAACCCUGCGGCGAGCGUCCACUUCAAACCCUCCACAGUCCUCAAGGCGCGCAUUUCUCUUCACACCUCCUGUCUUUCCCUGUCAGUUUCGCGGUUACCGUAUUACAUCACAGUGCGUAAUCUCUCCGCAUCCCCAACCUGCGGACUUCCUUGCUCGCAUCAGCCGCCUGUUUCUAUCUCAUGAUAGUAUUGAAUUUGGCGACUCACAACAUCGAGAAUAUAUUUUUCUCACACUCGAACCACAGGUUCGCCACUUUCUUCUGAUUGCUCAGGGUCACUUGAUGGGGGUUUCUACGGUGAACUCGAACAUGGGGGUAUCCAUGGAUCCACACAUUUGAGAGGCUCAGGCCCUUGGAGGCUCGAGCACGCUCACUAGUAGAGUGUGAACUCGUGAGCGAGCUCGAGGUGGUACGUGAGAGACUUUGAAGGCUCGUUUGGUAGACUUAAGAAAGAGAAAGCGGCAGUAUAGGGCAGAUGGUAGGCUGCCGUUUCGACCCAGGCAGAGUAUUGAUAUGUAGCAGGAAGGUUAAAGAGUAGGGAGAGGUUUGCAACAUGGAUUUGGGAGCACAUGAAGGAGAUCUUCAGAUGCCGAUGUCAGGUGGCUACGCUGGCCAUCACGAGUCUUCGAAGAUGAAGUUGCUGACCAGCGGCAACGGCACCGGCAUGGAGGAUAUCCGACCUCUGGAAAGUAAGGCUAAGAAGAUUAUCAAAUACAGAGAAUGCCUCAAAAACCAUGCUGCCAGCAUUGGGGGCCACGCCAUUGAUGGAUGCGGGGAAUUUAUGCCCAGCGGGGAAGAAGGAACUUUGGACGCGCUCAAGUGUGCGGCAUGUGAAUGCCAUCGGAACUUUCACAGAAGAGAAGUGGAGGGUGAACCCUCCUGUGAUUGUCAUCAUGUUCGAAAGGAAAGGAAGAGAGGGACACCCGGAGCAAUGCCGCACACUCCUUUGGCACUUCCAGCAACUACUGUCAUCGCUCGGCCUCCUGCACCGAUGAUAAUGGCGCUGAAUACCGUACCAACGGACUCAGAUGAUCAGGAUGGAGGUGUGGGAGGACCGGCAUCGGCGAUGAAGAAGCGAUUUCGUACCAAGUUUUCAGCAGAGCAAAAGGAGAAGAUGUGUUCCUUUGCAGACAAGUUGGGAUGGAAGAUACAAAAGCACGAUGAGGCGGCAGUGCAGGCAUUCUGUGCUGAUAUUGGCGUGAAGCGGCACGUCCUCAAAGUCUGGAUGCAUAAUAAUAAGCACACAUUGGGCAAGAAGAUAUAGUUCCUUUUGCCCCUUAUAGGAUUGCAGGGCCCUAAGUCAUUUCUCUAAUGCCCCGCAGGCAAUGUGCUCACCGGGAGGCCUUGUAAGUUACAGCUAAUAAAAUCUAUAUAUGUUGCUACGC